GAAUAGCCUUUGGACAGCAGAGAAAAGAGAGUCUUCAAAUUCACACAUUUUGGCUUCAGUUACAGAUAUUUCAGUGGAAAAAUCAAUGGAAGAAUUUCAGCUUCCCGAAGGAGACUUAUGGUCUGUUCAUAAGUUUGGUGGCACCUGUGUUGGAGCUCUGAAAGAAUCAAAAUGUUGCAGAGAUAUAUAAGGAUGAUACAAAAGGAAAUUGGUAGUAGUUUCAGCUAUGUCAAAAGUAACGGACAUGAUGUAUGACCUCAUCUUCAAGGCACAGUCACGGGAUGAUUCAUACGUAUCUGCUGUGAUGCUGUCUUCGAAAGCAUCGAUCAACGCACAUGAUCUACUUGAUGGGAUGAACUUGCUGGUUUCUUGUCUCGGUUGCAUGAUGACUUCAUAACCUCAAACUAUGCUUCGUGCAAUAAACAUAGCUGGUCAUGCUACAGAAUCUUUUUCAGAUUUUGUUGUUGGACAUGGAGAGUUGUGGACUGCUCAGUUGUUAGCAGCUGUUGUCAGAAAGAAUGGUAUGGAUUGCCAAUGGAUGGAUACAAGAGAUGUCCUCAUUGUAAAUCCAACCAGCUCUAAUCAAGUUGAUCCUGAUUUUUUUGAAUCUGAAAAAAAACUAAAGAAAUGGUAUUCUCAAAAUCCAUCGAAGACAGUAAUUGCAACUGGUUUUAUAGCCAGUACACCAGAUAAUAUUCCCACAACCUUGAAGAGGGAUGGAAGUGACUUCUCAGCUGCUAUAAUGGGUGCUCUACUCAGGGCUCGUCAAGUCACAAUUUGGACUGAUGUGGAUGGAGUGUACAGUGCAGAUCCAAGAAAAGUUAGUGAAGCUGUGAUACUGAGGACAUUAUCUUACCAAGAGGCCUGGGAAAUGUCAUAUUUUGGGGCAAAUGUCUUGCACCCUCGCACCAUUAUCCCAGUUAUGCGAUAUGACAUUCCAAUUGUAAUAAGGAAUAUCUUUAACCUCUCUGCACCUGGAACAAUGAUAUGUCGGCCUUUUGUUUGUGAAAAUGAAGAUGACCAAAUUGUGGACACUCCUGUCAAAGGGUUUGCAACAAUUGACAAUUUAGCUCUAGUCAAUGUUGAGGGAACUGGAAUGGCUGGCGUUCCCGGUACAGCAAAUGCCAUUUUCGGUGCUGUGAAAGACGUUGGAGCUAAUGUCAUCAUGAUAUCUCAGGCCAGUAGUGAGCAUUCUGUGUGCUUUGCUGUGCCUGAGAAGGAAGUAAAAGCUGUUGCAGAGGCAUUACAGUCUAGAUUUCGUGAAGCUCUGAAUGCUGGACGGCUUUCCCAGGUGGCAAUCAUUCCCAAUUGUAGCAUUUUAGCAACAGUGGGCCAGAAAAUGGCAAGUACGCCUGGAGUUAGUGCCACUCUUUUUAAUGCUUUGGCAAAGGCAAACAUCAAUGUCCGUGCUAUAGCCCAAGGUUGCUCUGAGUACAAUAUUACUGUCGUAGUCAAGCGUGAAGAUUGCAUAAGGGCUUUGAGAGCUGUCCACUCUAGGUUUUAUCUUUCGAGAACCACAAUAGCAAUGGGGAUUAUUGGCCCUGGUUUGAUAGGUGGCACAUUACUUGACCAGCUCAGGGAUCAGGCAGCAGUUCUUAAGGAAGAAUUUAACAUUGACUUGCGUGUCAUGGGAAUUACUGGCUCGAGGAAUAUGCUCUUGAGUGAUUCGGGCAUUGACUUGCUGAGAUGGAGAGAGCUAUUAAAGGAGAAAGGAGAAGUAGCUGACCUCAACAAAUUUACUCAACAUGUGCAUGGGAAUCAUUUCUUCCCAAAUACGGCUUUGGUAGAUUGUACAGCAGACUCGCAUGUUGCCAGUUGUUACCGUGAUUGGUUGUGUAAAGGGAUUCAUGUGAUCACACCAAACAAAAAAGCAAAUUCUGGGCCUCUUGAUCAAUAUUUAAAGCUGAGGGCCCUUCAACGGAAAUCCUACACACAUUACUUUUAUGAAGCAACUGUUGGCGCUGGUCUUCCAAUCAUUAGCACUUUAAGAGGACUGCUUGAAACCGGGGACAAGAUAUUGCGCAUUGAAGGCAUUUUCAGUGGGACUUUGAGUUAUCUAUUUAACAACUUUAUAGGCACACGAAGUUUCAGUGAGGUGGUGGCAGAGGCAAAAGAAGCAGGUUAUACUGAACCAGAUCCUAGGGAUGAUCUAUCUGGAACAGAUGUGGCCAGAAAGGUGAUAAUUCUUGCUAGAGAAUCUGGUCUGAAGCUGGAACUUUCUGAUCUCCCUGUUCACAGUCUUGUGCCUGAACCUUUAAGGGCUUGUGCAUCUGCUGAAGAGUUCAUGAAGCAAUUACCACAAUUUGACCAAGAACUGUCUAAGGAAAGACAAGAAGCUGAGGAUGCAGGAGAAGUGAGUUUUCUAUAAAACAUUCUUGGAAGU